AUGAAACCCCGCGCUCCGCGGCUCUCUGACUUGCAGGAGAUCAGAGAAGGGAAGCGUAAGUCGCAGUUAGCGGAGGAACGUGGCGAACGCCUCAAGGCGCUCGAGGAGCCGGCCAUCGGCUUGCGCUUCAUGCCCGACCGCCGGGCAGAGCAACUCAUCCAGGAAGAAACCACGAAGUUGCAUGACGAGGCCGUGGCAAACCGACACCAGCAACGGGCCGAGGCGUGCAAACACCAUAUUUUGCAUAAUCUAGACUAUAGAGUACUAAGUGUCAGGUGCAAUGAAGGCUCCGAGACUACAUCGUCAUAUUUGCCCCUUCCUGAAGUAGGUGAUGCGUCUGGCACGGGAUGGCCUCCGCACAGCACGGAGCCAGCGCUUGGCCCUGGAAAUGCAUGA